AUGGCCAUUACUUCACAGGCAAGCAAGACCGCUCGUGCGUUCUUCCGCACUUCAUAUUCCAGGUCUUUCUUAUUGUGCUCUGGUACCCGGCAGCUCACCACUGCCACCACUGCAACAUCUUUACCAAAACCUACAUGGUCCGUGAGCAGUUUACUUCCGGAUGAUGCGGCGCCCAUAUCCUCAGAGAUCACACCAGAAAGACUGCGGCAUCUCCUCAAGCUGGCAGCCCUUUCACCACCAAAGGAUCAUGAGGCAGAAUCACGCAUGCUAAAAGACCUGUCCGACCAACUGCAUUUUGUCAAACAUGUUCAGCAAUGUGACACGACAGGAGUUGAGCCAAUGGCAGGGAUACAUGCUCCUUUCCAGGGCACUGGGGAAUUUGCUGGAGAGGAGGGCGUAGAGGUUACCUUUGAACAAGCCGAAGCUGCGGGAAAGGCAGCAUACGGUGAAGGGGAUGAGAUGCUUUCAUGGGACCCUGUGAAGGUUGCUCAGAAGAUGGAAGGACGAUAUUAUGUUGUGGAAGGUGGUUUGGUAAGGGAGGAAGAGCAGCAAUGA